CCUGUAAACCUCUCAUCGAGUGAGAGAAACUAACAGAAAAGGCAAAGACAACACAGUGGCAAGAAGAAACAGUGCAAAGUAGCAAAAAGCAAAAAGCCAAGAUGAGCAGCAUUCUCAAUUUCUCCAUAGAAACCUGGAUCCUUCUUGGCACUUUCCUGGCUCUGAUGAUACUAUAUGGCAUCUGGCCAUUUAGAGUCUUCACAAAAUCGGGAAUUCCUGGGCCAAGGCCCGUUCCUUUCUUUGGAAACAUACUGGAGUAUUCUCAAGGAAUCAUUGAGUUUGACAAGAAAUGUUUUCAGAAAUAUGGAAAAAUAUGGCGGCUAUUCGAAGGCCGGCAAGCCAUGGUAGCUGUCCUGGACCUUGAGAUCAUUAAAACGGUACUGGUGAAAGAAGUGUUCAGCAGCUUUACCAAUAGGCGGAGAAUAGGCAUUGAAGGGAUAAUGGAAGAAUCUAUUAUCGGUGCUGAGGAUGAACAAUGGAAGGAAUUACGCAUACUGAUAUCACCCACAUUCUCCAGUGGAAAACUAAAAGAGAUGUUACGCAUAAUGAUCCACUAUGGGGAGAUUUUAGUAAAAACCAUCUGGAAGAAAGCAGAAAAGAACCAGAAUGUGAUUGUCAAGGAUUACUAUGGGGCCUACAGUCUAGAUGUGAUCACCAGUACUUCAUUUGGUGUGGAUGUUAACUCCUUAAACAAAAUGAAUGACACAUAUUUUAAGGAAGUCAAGAAGCUAUCAUCAGUUGAUUUUUUUUCUCCACUUCUUGCUUUGACAAGUAUAUUUCCAUUUAUCACACCUCUUCUUAAUCUUCUAGAUAUUAGUCUAUUCCCCAGUGAUUCUGUGGAAUACAUUAAAAGAUUUGUGCAUAAAAUAAGGGAAAGCCGCCAUCAAGACAAUCAACAACACCGGGCAGACUUACUGAAGUUGCUGCUUGAUAGCCAAAACCCAAAGGAGGGCUUGAAGGGCAAAAAAGGUCUGAGUGAUACUGGGAUCCUGGCACAAGCAGUUGCCUUUGUUUUUGCGGGCUAUGAGACCACCAGCAGUGCCCUUUCUUUUAUUUCUUAUAAUCUGGCCACCCACCCUGAUGUCCAGCAGAAAUUGCAGGAGGAAAUAGACAAAGUUCUACCCAAUAAGUCACCUCUCACCUAUGAUGCCAUAGUACAGAUGGAGUAUCUAGACAUGGUUAUAAAUGAAACUCUAAGGCUGUACCCGAUUGGACCUCGACUUGAAAGGAUGUGCAAGAAAACCCUGGAAAUAAAUGGACUGACCAUCCAUAAAGGGACAUGUGUUGUAAUCCCAAUUGCUGUCCUACAACAUGAUCCGAAUUACUGGACAGAACCUGAUGAGUUUCGUCCUGAAAGGUUCAGCAAAGAAAUGAGAGAGAAGAGGGAUCCCUACACUUUCAUACCCUUUGGCGUUGGCCCCAGGAACUGCAUUGGAAUGAGAUUUGCACUCCUCAACAUGAAAGUGGCUAUAAUCGGGCUGCUGCAGAACUUCUCGCUCAGGACCUGCCAAGAGACCCAGAUUCCUCUGGAGCUGAAUUCAAUGGGAUUCUUAACUCCCAAAAAACCCAUUGUUCUGCAGUUCAUCCCUAGAGCUGAUACCAAGAGUCAGGACUGACACCAAAGGACUUUCGUCAUUUCUUCAAAUGAUUCUGCAUCCUAGGCCAUUGCAAAUCUAAAACCCCCUAUAGAAUUAUGCAAAAAUGGUAUGAUCUUUUAAAAUAUCUUAAGUGAUGAGGAAUGCCUCCAAUAAAAUGCUAGACAAUAAAUAACCCAGUAUCUUAUUGAUAAUGAAUAAAAGCUUGACAAUAAAUGUUGA